AUGCACUUACCCAUUGGAAACUCAGCCCUGCUUACCUACAGCCUCAUUAGGUACCUACAGUCACUCAGACGCUCAUCUACUUUCUCCCCUUUUUGCCGGCACCCUUUACACCAUCGCACAGAGCAGGUGGACCCAAAUCGUUUUAACCACUUUCGCGCCCUCGGCCAUCUGUGCCGGUGGGUCGGCAGCACCUCCAGUCGCGCCUCGUUGGGACGCUGGUUUCUAGGCUAA